AUGCGUCUCCUAGACACCUCAACAGCGGAGUUUCGAUGGGUCAACGAGCCACGCCAUGUUUCUUACGCCAUUCUCUCCCAUGUCUGGAUGAAGGAGGGUGAAGGUCCCCCAGAGCAAUCCUACCAGGACGUCCAAAAAAUCAUGAAACAGUCAAAUCGUCUCAAGCUAUGGACCACAAAUCGAAAGAGGCAUUCUAUCCCUCGCGGGGUGUCCGAGAAGAUCAGGCGCUGCUGCGCUAUCGCCCGCGAGCACGGAUUCGAUAGUGUCUGGGUAGAUUCAUCCUGCAUCGACAAGACUAGUAGCUCAGAGCUCUCAAAGGCGAUAAACUCGAUGUUUAAAUGGUACCAGCACGCAGGGGUGUGCUACGCCUACCUCUAUGAUGUGGACGACGAGGACGAGCCCCGGGCGCCGAACUCACAAUUUCGCCACAGUCGUUGGUUCUCGCGAGGGUGGACCCUCCAGGAGCUACUUGCCCCCCGCGUCCUGGUCUUCCUUUCCAAGGGUUGGCGCGUCCUCGGAACCAAGGCGAUGCUUGCGACAGUGAUCGAGGAUGUGACGGGCAUCGAACAUACGAUCUUGACCCACGAAGCAUCCUUGGAUUCAGUCAGCGUUGCGAGACGCAUCUCCUGGGCAUCUCGGCGGCAGACUACUAGAGAAGAAGAUGAGGCGUACUCGCUGAUGGGUAUCCUCGGAAUUCAUUUGCCGACGAUCUAUGGCGAGGGACGCUUCGCCUUCAUCCGCUUGCAAGAAGAGGUACUGAAGCAGACCUCUGAUCAGAGCCUAUUCGUUUGG